AUGAAGUAUGAAGAAGAGGACAAUGGUGCUGCUGGAAGAGUCCCUGAAUUUGGUGCAAUAUUCAUGGCCAACACUGCAACAAAAAGGGAGUGCUUUAGACGGAAAUUUUUUGGCCUUCCGUCUUCCCUAGCUAACUUUGUGAAACAGGUCAAAGCUGGAAUGAUUUUAUUUCUGUUUGAAUUUGAGAAGAGAGAACUUUUUGGAGUGUAUCGAGCUUGCUGUGAUGGAGCUAUGAAUCUUGUGCCCAAUGCAUUUAAUUCUGUAGGAAAGCAAUUCCCUGCACAGGUUAUUUUUACCCCAAUUUGGUACUGUAGUCCACUUUCUGAACAUGAAUUCCGGGAUGCAAUCAGAGAUAAUUAUUUUUCAACUAAAAAGUUCAACUUUGGUCUUUCUGAAGAUCAGGUUCGGAAGCUUCUAUGGUUAUGUAAUUCAAGAAAGUUAAAUACUAAACUACCUCGAAGGCAAUUGACAAGAAAAAUAAGCAGACUGCCGGGCAGAAGACUGGCUGAUGAUUAUAGGUUUGCAUUGAAUGAUGGGAUGGAAAUAGAAUAUGACGAGGGUGAUUACUUUGGGCCAGCCUGUUGGCACGAGGGCCCAGUGAACUCUUUGAAGACCGCCAAAAUAAUGGAUGAUCAUAUGGUGGAGAAUGAGCAUAAAGAUUCCCGAAUCCUCAAAAUCGGCGUCGCCAUCACUGUUAUCCUGGUUCACACGGAUCUCAACAUGAAGUAUGAAGAAGAGGACAAUGGUGCUGCUGGAAGAGUCCCUGAAUUUGGUGCAAUAUUCAUGGCCAACACUGCAACAAAAAGGGAGUGCUUUAGACGGAAAUUUUUUGGCCUUCCGUCUUCCCUAGCUAACUUUGUGAAACAGGUCAAAGCUGGAAUGAUUUUAUUUCUGUUUGAAUUUGAGAAGAGAGAACUUUUUGGAGUGUAUCGAGCUUGCUGUGAUGGAGCUAUGAAUCUUGUGCCCAAUGCAUUUAAUUCUGUAGGAAAGCAAUUCCCUGCACAGGUUAUUUUUACCCCAAUUUGGUACUGUAGUCCACUUUCUGAACAUGAAUUCCGGGAUGCAAUCAGAGAUAAUUAUUUUUCAACUAAAAAGUUCAACUUUGGUCUUUCUGAAGAUCAGGUUCGGAAGCUUCUAUGGUUAUGUAAUUCAAGAAAGUUAAAUACUAAACUACCUCGAAGGCAAUUGACAAGAAAAAUAAGCAGACUGCCGGGCAGAAGACUGGCUGAUGAUUAUAGGUUUGCAUUGAAUGAUGGGAUGGAAAUAGAAUAUGACGAGGGUGAUUACUUUGGGCCAGCCUGUUGGCACGAGGGCCCAGUGAACUCUUUGGAGACCGCCAAAAUAAUGGAUGAUCAUAUGGUGGAGAAUGAGCAUAAAGUUGACAAUUGUCUUGGACAGGACUUUUUGACUGAUGAUUAUCCUAGUGACACUUUGGGUCAAAGAAAAAGGAUAGAUAAUGAUGGCAGGUGUUUGAUCACUGAUGUCACAAAAAAUGAACAGUACAGUGAUCAUGGUCCUGGACAGGCCUUCUUGGGUGAAUAUAUUGGGGAUUCCUUUGGUAAAGUGAGAAGAGUUGCUGAUGAUGACCAGAUACUAACAGGUGAUAGGGUGGAAAGCGUAUGUGCAAUGGACAAUACUUUUGGGCCUGAUGUCCAUACUGAGUACCCUGGAAACUCUGUUGGUAGAGCAAGAAGAAUUGAUGAACAUGGCAGGUUUCUAAUGAGGGAGAGUUUAGGAAACGAAUGCAACUUGGGCAGUGGUUCAGGGUUGGUUAUCGCAGAUGAGCACCUUGGGAAGCCAUUGAGCAAAGUGAAAUUAGCAUAUGAUGGCAGUGUUUCAGUGAAUGAUAGUGUAAACAAUGAAUGUACUAUGGCCAGUUGUUUGAAGCCAGUAAGCCCUACUGAAUAUGUUGGAAUAAGACGAACGACUGAUGCUGAUUUUGCUCUGAUGAAUGAUAGGUUGCAAACUGAACACCAUGCGGACAGUGGUAUUGGGCCUGUCAAACCAACUGAGCAACUCAGUAACCGUCUGGGUAGGAUAAGAAGACCAAUUGAUGAUGACAGGUUUUUGAUGAGUGAGAGAGUCGAAACCAAAUUGUCUGAGCAUUUUUGGAACCAUUUGGGUGAAGGUAGAAGGGCAUCUAAUGAUGAAAGGUUUUCCAUCAGGAAUAUAAUAGAAAAUCAACAUCAUGCGGGUAACAAUUUUGACUUUGCGGUAUCAUCCGAGUGCUCGGCAUAUGCUCUAGGUGAAGUUAGACAAGUUGCUGAUGAUGGCAGGUUUACAAAGAGUGAUUAUGGACAUGUGGACAACUAUAUCGAGCCUUUUAGCAAACAAAAAAUGGAAACUGCGUAUUCAUUGCAACGGGAUAAACGCAGGGAUUCUUCUAUGUUCGCUCGCCCGACAGAACCACAAACCUUUGACUUUUCUUAUCCAUCAUCUCAUGAUGCUAUUGUUACAGGAGCUUCACCUUAUGGUGCUGGCACUCCUAGUGAAUGUCCUCCUUACCAUGGUUCUGAGGGGAAUAUACUCUCUUUGCAUAAGAGCAGAACAUCACCAUACCACCGACAGCCAAAAGGUUUAAGCGAAUGCCUGGAUGUUGCUUCUGGCUACGGAAGUAAGCUUCAGGUGCCUACUACUAUCAGCCAUCAUGACUACUCGGGCAGCUUAACCAGCAAGUCUUGCACAAAUCCUGGAUAUGCUGGAAACAUGGAAUUAAACACCUCUGCUCAUGAUGGCUAUGGAGGUUCAUUAUUUUCAGAGCCUUCUUUAGUUUCUGUGCCUUUUUCAAAGGGUGAAUUUUUUGAAAAGGAAAACAGGGGACAUUUAUCCUAUACCGGUUUCAGUAAGAAUCAAUCGUUUGAAUUGGAUAAUGAGUAUCGUGUGGUACCUGAAGGCAAAUAUGAGUCUAAUUAUUCGAGGCAUGAGAACAAUGACGGAUUUGCUGCCAAGGGUUUGCCUUCAUCUGCUGCAAAUCUGUCCCACUUGGGGAUUUACAGCCAUGAAAACGAUUUGAUCAAUCAAGGUAAUGCAUUCUAUCGAAUUUCUGAAGGUAGACAUCCUGAUUCAAAAGAUAAGAGACCUAGUGUUUUUGCACGCCUAAGUUCGGCUACAGGAGUACAUGUGCAAGAACAGCAAGAAAAUGAUCCUCAAGUUGUCUGUGAUGGCCAUAUGGAUGCAUCAGUGGAUGAAGUCAUGGAAAUGUUGUACGAGUGUCAGAACCACCAGGUGAGAAAGCUGAGAAAAUUUAAACCAGUACUUAAGCAACACGAUGAUGACGAAAUUGCUAGGAAUUAUGAGCAGACCAUUAAAAAGCAUGUAGAUUACGAUCAUUUAACCAUGAAAAAUUUGAGGACAAAAAUGGAUCCUUAUCGAGCUUUUGAAGAGAAUGGUAAUCAAAUGCUCAAAGAGACCCGAGCUGUGGAUUUUAAACGCCGUAGUGAAACAAAGAAAAAUCUAGAUGAAACUAGCACAAAAGGAUCUGUUGGGGUUGCAGAAGGUAAGGCCUUCUUGGGUAAGCAAUCCAAACGCAGAAAGCUUGUUAGGCCAGUGUUCGACGAUAAAGAUUCAUGUAAUGAAGGCAUCAACUGUGAUGGUGCUCAAGGUUAG